AUGGAUAGCAUGAGUGAGGCAUUUGAUCAAAUGCAAAUGGUCAAGGAUGUUCUAGCCAACAGUGAUAAAGUUUCAGAGGUCCUACAAGAGUCUACUCAUCAGUUCAACCUGCUUACUUCACCCACCUUCCUACCAAAGGUCAAGGAUCAAGGGAAAUUCACUCUCCCUUGCACACUUGGGCAUCUUGAGAUUGACAAUGCCUUAGUGGAUUCUGGAGCAAGCAUCAAUCUGAUCUCUCUCUCCAUGGCAGAGAAGCUAGGCAUUGCUGGAGCCUUGCAGCGCCCUACUACUUCAAUCAUGUUUGGAGAUGCAACUUCUAAGUCUCCUCUUGGAGUGUUCAAGAACUAUCACUUGAAAAUUGGAGAAUGCAUCAUCCAAACUGAUCUCACUGUGAUGGAAAUGGAAGAAGAGAAGGAUCUAUUGGGAACCCCUUUCCUUAGUACAGUUGGCGAGACUUUCACAAGCAAGAAUACCAAUCUCAGUUCUAAGAGUCAUGGAGCUACAAAGGUUGUGAAGGAAAGGGUUGACAAGGAACCAAGAGUUGGGAAGGAUAAGGAUGAGAGAGGACCAAGGAUUGAGAAGCCACGUCUUGAGAGGGCUAGAGUUGAGAAACCACGAUCUGAUAGGCCAGAGCUGAUAGACUUGUUCAAGCCCCUUGUGUGCUUGAUGAAGAGAGCCUUCAAGCUUUGCCCCUUCAGUCAAGCCAUCUCAGCUCACAAUGACUUGUUCCCCACCAAGUUUGAAAAUGGGAAGAUUGAGUACAAGAUAAGGUACAAGGGGAGAUCAAGGCCAUUCUCUAGAGCCAAGGCCUUGGUGACUUCAGAACAGUCCAGGGACCCAACCAAGCUAAAGGAGCUUCUGUCUCAAGUCCUCACUAUCACCCUUGAUGGUUGA